GCAGCAGACGAUUCUUACAUGUCAUAACAAGUUACACGUUGUAAGUUGUGAUUCCAGGCUCUGGCACACAAACUAUUGUCAAUAACAAUGAGUUCUUCAAUAUAUAGAACAAGAAAUUUCUAUCUGCGAUGCAUGGCAGCUAUUUAUGUUUCUGCAUUUAGCUCUUUCUAUCUUCAAAUAAGAGGAUUAUAUGGUCCGAAUGGCGUUCUUCCAUCUCAUGCCCGUUUAAAUUUUCAUGACAAGAGACCAUUGUUUGACAAAUUUUGGGAAAAUCCAACAUUGUUGCAUCUAGCUCCUGCAUUCGGUCUGACUGUGUCCUAUUGUAUGGAACUGUUGGCUCUGACUGGUAUCAUCUUAUCAUUUCUAGGGCUAGUAUAUCAAAAAGUGUGCAACUUAUUCACCUUCCUAGCACUAUGGAUCCUGUAUCUCUCCCUGUAUAAAGUGGGUCAAACAUUUAUGUACUUUCAAUGGGACAUAAUGUUGUUAGAGAGUGGAUUCAUCACUAUCAUAGUAGCUCCCAUUAUUUAUUCAAAGAAAACAAGCACAACACCCAAAGAUCAGAUAAGUUUUUGGCUUGUGAAAUGGUUACUGUUUCGAUUGAUGUUUGCUUCUGGAGUUGUGAAACUUACUAGUAAGUGUCCAACAUGGUGGGGUUUAUCAGCCCUGCCACUUCAUUUUGAAUCACAAUGCAUUCCAACACCAUUUGCAUGGUACCUCUACGAGUUGCCCAUUUGGUUUCAUAAGCUGUCAGUAGUGGCAACGUACGUCAUUGAAAUUAUGCUACCAUUUUUGUUUUUCAUGCCUGCGCGCAAACUACGUCUCAUUGGGUGCUAUGGCCAGAUACUGCUUCAAGUCGCUAUUAUCGCUAGUGGAAAUUACAAUUUCUUUAAUUUACUUACUAUAACAUUUUGUAUAUCGCUGAUGGAUGACCGCCAUCUUUCUGAUUCACAAAAACCCGUCAAGUCGUCCAGAAUUGAAAACAUAUUCACUGGGAUUUCCGUUGCAUUAUUGAUUUAUUUCACCGUCCUUUGGUUUGGAAUUGAUUUUGGAAAGAAUGUUCCAGUCGAUUCUGAAAUAAAAUUUUCCGUUCAAGAGUUUGAAACAGCUCUCAAGUGGGCUGUUCCAGCUUCAAUUGCAAUUGGAGUCACGUCUUUUGUUAUUACUGCUUGUUCGUCACUCUAUGAUCUUGUCAGAUCUAAAUCUUCGUUGCUGAUGUACCUACUCAAUGUUAUUCAGUUCAUUGUGUAUUUCGCCAUUGCAUUUUUCUUGUUCGGGAUCAGUUUGGUUCCAUAUUCGACGCUUGACCGGACUACUCAGGCGUCUCUUCCUACCUUCUUUAGUCGUUGGCAUACCCAGUCUAAUCAAUUCCAUCUAACUAGUUCCUAUGGACUGUUUCGAUCUAUGACUGGUGUGGAUGGCCGACCUGAAGUGAUAUUGGAGGGCGCCACUCAUUUGGAGGGUCCGUAUACGGAGAUUCCGUUCAAGUAUAAACCCGGACAAAUUGAAAGAGCUUGUCAGUUUGUUGCGCCUCAUCAACCUCGACUGGAUUGGCAAAUGUGGUUUGCAGCAUUAGGAACCUACCACCAAAAUCCGUGGCUCGUAUCUUUGGUUUAUAGAAUUUUGACCAAUCAAACUGAGGUGAUUCAUUUGCUUGACUCUAAUAUCUACAAUGAAUUUGAAGAAGAUUGGCCUCCGAAAUACAUCAAAGGAAGUCUAUAUUCCUAUAAAUACACCUUUACACCGGAUCAUAGCGUCAAAGGGAACUGGUGGAAAAGAACGAGGGUGUCUGACUACCUUCCCACUUUCUCGGCGAAUCAUGAGCCAUUGAUAAAAUAUCUUGAGAACUUAAAAAUCAUCGGAACACCCGAAAUUCCAUUUACAAAUAAUUUGUUAGCCUCAUUCCUUGACAAAAUUUGGGAAAUUUGUAGUUCUACGGAACCGCACAUUUUCAUCUGGGGAUUAUUGCUUUCUGCCUUUGUCGUCACUCGCUUAUCCUAAAAAUCAAAAGAUUUACUGUUAAAUAAACUCCCAAUUAAUAUACUCAAAA